UUUUGGCGAAUGCGAAAGAACUUUUAAACAAGAAGCAUCGAAGAAAGUGACUGUUAAACUAAAAUAGUUACUUGAAUUUGAAUUGUUGCUAGUUAAGUAAAAUAAAAUGAAUAUCAACUAAUUAACGCUUAAAUAAGCUCGUCCACCCGUUCCGUCUUUGAUCGCUGCGUUGUUACUAUGAUUUACUAUAUUUGCUUUAAUAUGUCUGUGCAAUUUCUGCUGUUGGUUCUUUUAAUUUGCUCAGUCAAUUCACAAAAUGACACAGAAUAUGCUAGCAAUGACUCCGCAGCCGGCACUGACAGCAAAUGCGGUGACACCAAACGCAUGGUUGACGAGUGUUUUAAGGAUUUGCCGCCACAUCUGAUGGAAUUUUUACAAACCACAAAGAUUGCCAUCAACGAACGCGACAUCACAUCCAAGUGCACAGUUUUCAACAGGGGUAUGAGAUGUUUCGACGACUACACGGCUCGCUGCUUAACUAAUAAAACACUCAACUUAAUUAAAAAUAACGUAGAGGGUGCUCGAAAAUUUUUUAUGCGCUUCUGCAGCGAUCGCGAGUUUCAAAAGGAUUAUUUGCAACACAAAGACUGCUUCAGUUAUAUACAGGAUGACUGGAUGCGUUGUACGCACAAUUUUCAGGAGAUUCUUACUGAAGAGCUGCAUGGCGAACAAACAAAUGUUACCAACAAGUUCAUGGAAUUUUGCUGCGCCCGACAUGCCUAUGAAAAUUGUAUUUACAACAGUGCUCGCUACAAAUGCUACAAGAACUCGGCCAAAUUUGCACGUGAUACUGCUAAAACUUUAUCGGAUGAAAAGCACUUUACCAACUGCCGUCAGUAUGAGAAUGCGCUUUGUAGUGUGGGCCAUGCGACGUCCCUCUACGUUGGAGGCAUGGAUGCCACGCUCGACUGGAUACAACUGUUGUUCGUGUGGCUACCCGCUGUGCUGUUGAUAAGUGCGAACAUUGGACGACGACAGGCAUAAAUAAAUCAAUGCCGAAUUUA